AUGUACCAAUGCCGUGGAGACGUGAUACAUCUGGACAAAGGAAUUGAAAAGCUUGAUGAGAUAAAGCAUCUGGCUGAGGAAAAGAGUGAGCAUGCACAAGAAUACUGGAACGUUCUCACAGGCCUCGUUCGAUUCCGAUAUGAGCUGAUGCAGGUCAAAGAGGACAUUCAUCGCGCUGUUGAUACUGCAAGAAAGUCAUUGGAGCGGACGCCACUCGACAGUCCUCACCGUACGAAACGUAUACACAAUCUUGCUGGCGUGUUGUGGCUAAGGUUCGACCGAGAAGGUGGUGGAAAGGACUUGGAAGAAGCGAUACAGUGCGCAACUGAUGCGGAACGAAACACGUCUGAUCUGAAUCAUUUCACUGAAACAAUCCUCAGUACAUUGUCUGGUCUGCUGAUUGCUCGCUAUAUGAAACAAGUCAAUGCAGACGAUCUCAACAAAGCUGUCCUAUUCGCGCGUAAGGCGGUUCAUCUCGGUCGACCCACGAAGCUGGAGUAUCUCGCCAAUCGGAACAACCUGGCACGAAUCCUGCAAAUUAGCGCAAUGAGCCCAAUACCACAGGUCGACUCCUCGAGAAACAUAACCGAAGCCGUUGGACUCUUCCAAUCAGUCGUCGAUCAGACGCUCCCUACUGACGGAAAACUCCCCUCGCGGCUUCGCAAUCUUGGUAAUACACAAUUCGAACAUUACAAGAUUACUGGUUCUGUCGCGAGUCUGGGAGCAUCUGUUCGCAAUCUAAGCAAGUGCGCACACAACCCCGUUGCUUCGCCUUCUUUGCGAAUUGAAGCAGCUAGAAAAGCUGCCGACAUCCUGAUACUGCAGGCCAACUUUGCUGAAGCAGACGUUCUGCUGCAACUUGCCGUUAGUCUUCUUCAAAGAGUCAGUCCCCGAUCUCUGCAACAAAAAGAUCAACAGGACGCAAUAUCAAAAUUCUCCGGGAUGACUACGGUAGCUGCCUCAGUAGCACUACAGGCGGGUGCAACCGCUGAAAAGGCUCUCGAGAUUCUGGAAGAAGGCCGGGGCAUCAUUCUUGGUCUGCUGUUCGAUGUUCGCUCUGAUAUCUCGGCCUUGCGAUCUCAGCAUCCAGAUCUUGCUACUCGAUUUGAGCAUCUUAGGAGCAGCCUCGAAUCGCCUGCUGCACAGGCCAGUAUCGAAGAUGCGACUUCCGGCACGAACGUAUCUCUCGACUUCACACACCGGAACAACAUCGUAAAACAGCUCGAUGAGAGCAUUGCGCAGAUUCGCGAACAAGACGGAUUCCUUCGUUUCCUUGCACCGCCCUCAAUGGAGGAGAUGCAAGCUAUAGCAUCAGCCGGUCCCGUCAUUGUGAUCAACGUUAGUGAGUAUCGCAGUGAUGCUUUCAUUGUUGCAUCUUCCCGUUUGGAACACGUUGCUCUUUCGAAUCUGCAACUGGACGCAAUCAAGACAUGGGCCACGCUCCUGAUGUCGCGUAAAAUUACUCAACCGAAAAUGUUCGAGCUGCUUCGAUGGCUCUGGGAUGUCCUCGUACAGCCUAUACUUGAGGCCCUACAGCGUUCAGGUUUGAUAUCGCAUCAACCAUCAGAUAAGCCGCGUUUGUGGUGGGUGCCAAGCGGUCCUCUGUGCUCCUUGCCCAUCCACGCAGCUGGGAAUUACACCAAGAAUUCGUCAUCCAUCUUGAUGGACAAAGUCAUAUCCUCCUACAGUCCAUCCAUCAAAGCGAUGAUAUACAGUCAGCGCAAUGCAAAGAACACAGCCAGCCACUUACAUUUCCACCGGCCCCUCAUAGUGUCCAUGGGAACAACGCCUGGAGGCAGCGAUCUUCCUUCCGCAGACGAAGAAGGGAAACUGGUCCGAAAGGAACUGUCGAAACUAUCCACCAUUGAUGAACUACCUGAGGUACGACUGAAGCCCAAUAAAGCCGCUGUCAUAGCAGAUAUGAGCCGCGCCACGAUCCUCCAUUUCGCGGGUCAUGGGCUGUCCGAUCCAAAAGACCCACUCGAAAGCACGCUUCUCGUCGAAGAUUGGCAGCAAGACCCUCUCACUGUAAAGGACCUGUUGUCUUUGAGGCUUCACGAAAAGCCACCGUUCAUAGCAUAUCUUUCGGCCUGCUCGACUGGGCGGAGCAGUGCUGAUAAAUUGAUCGACGAAGGAUUGCAUUUGAUGAGGACGGAUUCGGGGGGCAAUGCGCAAGCCUCGAAGACUGUUGCUAGUACUGGAAGUAAGAGAAAACGAGACGGAGCAUCGGAUCCACCGAUGGAUCCUGUGCCAAAGAAAAGGGAAUGGAAGAAGACAGCAGACGCUGUUCCAGACAAACAAACAGCUGCCCAAAAAGCUGCUGCUGACGAGGCAAACGCGAAAGAGUUCCGCAUCAAGUUCUAUCAGGAAUUCUACCCACCGCAUCCAGGAGAUGUCCCUGAAGAACAUCAGAUAAAGUUCAAGCAUAUUCAGCAACUGGGCAAGAUGAGCUACGAGUCGUAUGCGAUACAACCUCGACCUGACACCAUCGACAAGCCAUGGGAGCUCGAGAACAAGAGGCGGGCUAAGCAGAUGAUCUACUGGGCUGUUCGAUCGAGGGAUGAUUACCAGAACGAGGAUAGCUGGAGAAUGGAACUUGAGCCCUACGUCUUUAAACGGUUUAAGAUCGAAGUCGGAUGUACAGGACUGACCGAUAUCUUCACUUAUCGUAUUGGCGAGCGAAGCUUCAUCCAGAAUGACCCAGAGAAUUGUCGAAUUGAGAAGAAGCCUGAUCGAGUCUACGGACUAAGGACUACUGAAGCCAUGGCGGAGAGUUUGCAGCGACUACACAUCUCCCACUUGGGAGAGAACACUGCGCUCAGAUAUUUGUCUCAGAGACUGACCAUGAGCUGCAACCCAGACAGUGGUGACCAACCCUGCAUAUACCCUUUCCUAGCGAUGGAAGCCAAAAGCCUCAAAGGCGAUGGUGAUUGGAAAUACAUCGAGACGCAAACGGCAAUACCGAUACGAAAUCAUCUGUACCUACAGCUCCAACUUCAAGAUGACCAGGACAACAAGAUGAAAGUGCCAGGUGGCCCACUAUCUUGGUUUCUUGCGCAUAUUGGGGAGCAGUGGAGGAAAGCUAAUCUCCUGUGGGAGGGGAGUAUUACCGGCCACGAUGCAGCACUACAGUUGGUUCUCAUCAUGGACUACAUCGUUGAUUGGGCGCGUGACAUCUACCGGCCCAAUAUCAUUAGACAACUGAAGUCUGUAGUAGACAAAGGUCAGCAGUCAUCCUAUACAGUCACCGCAGACCCCGAUAUCCUCUCAAGGACUGGUUAUGCAAACUCUCGGAUUGGCGAUGGACCUUUCGCUGCUAUUAGCAGAGCUGAAACGGCCGAGAUACUUGCGAAACCAGCCUUCGACGCAAAAGACUCCACUAUUGUGCCUGCUCUCAAACCUCUCUUUGAGAGCACUGGAAAGCAUGUCGAUAUCAGGGUCUGGGAAAGCGCCAAGUACGAGUCUCGAGUACGAGGGCUGUAUAUCACCGGAACCGACGAUGAUGCCCAGGAAAACUUCACGAACGCAGGUUGGGAUAGAUUGAGAACUGUUCAUGCGAGCCGCUGUUGGUUUCUCUUAUCAAGCGCUCAGGGAAUCAAAAUCAUCGAACAGGCAUGGACCGGGCUCCAAGACACCAAGGACGUCGAAGAUCUUCCAGAGCAAAAGAUCUUGGUUUCGCUUUUUGUGCGAUACCGCAUGGACGAUGACGGUGUACCUAUACGAGAAUUGACGUAUAUUGCAAUCACUGAGUCAGUCGCUCAGCGCAGGGUGGCAUUUAGAGACAUAUUGGAGCAGAACGAGCUGGUUAUUUCCGCCGAAGACCUUGACCUCAAGCUGCGUGAAGCCUGGGCUUCAAGUCCUGAGAGCUACUUCAGGCGUUACGCCAGCGACCAGACUAACGUGCUUUGCGUCACCGCAUCUGAACAAGAAAAACUGGAUGGUCGUGUCGUCCUCAGCUUCCACAACGACAGCGAGGUCGCGCCUUGGGCAAGAAGACUGGAUGAAUUCAUCAAGCGCACUUGCGAGAAUCCACGAGCGCGAUCAAAAAAGCUGCAGCGAUCAAAAGCGCUGCAGUGA